UCUUCCAAUUUAGACUUCAAACAGAAGAACCGCCAACCAGCGCAACAACACCCAAUUUCAUCGCUGUUCUUAGCUCAAAAGUUCAAUCUCUCUCUCCUUUCCCAAUUAUUUAAUCUCCUCUCUCUUUCUACUCUAAUCGUCCUUUAAUCUCUCUCCUAAUUUCUGAUUCUCUCACCUCUACCUCUAACACAAGUGUUUUUAAUAGUUGCCAGAAUUGUGAACGAAAUUAAGCUGUGAUUUAGCUUUACUUACACAGAUGGCACCCACAGAUCCCAAGCAAGUUGUGGGUAGUAGUAGUGGUGGAUUCUUCGCUUCAAUCGCGUCUACUUUAUCUACUUUUAGCACUGCUAUGCACAAAUCUGUUAAUGGGUCGAUAGGAUAUGAAGGCUUGGAAGUUAUAAACCCUGAAGGGGGAACAGAUGAUGCAGUUGAUGAAGCUCAAAAAGGGAGGUGGAAACAGGAGGACAGAGAUGGUUACUGGAAAAUGAUGCAGGCCUACAUAGGUUCCGAUAUUACAUCAAUGGUCACUCUUCCAGUUGUUAUUUUUGAACCUAUGACAAUGUUGCAGAAAAUGGCAGAGUUGAUGGAGUACUCCCACCUGCUUGAUGAGGCGGACAAAUGCGAGGAUCCUUACAUGAGGCUAGUUUAUGCUUCAUCAUUUUUUAUCUCGGUCUACUAUGCAUACCAGCGCACAUGGAAGCCUUUCAAUCCAAUCUUGGGUGAGACUUAUGAGAUGGUGAAUUAUGGAGGCAUUACAUUUAUAGCAGAACAAGUGAGCCAUCAUCCACCAAUGAGUGCUGCACAUGCAGAAAAUGACCAUUUCACAUAUGAUAUUUCAUCGAAGCUGAAGACCAAAUUUCUAGGGAACUCAGUUGAUGUAUAUCCUGUUGGGAGAACUCGAGUGACUUUAAAAGGAUAUGGCAAUGUACUAGAGUUGGUUCCCCCUCCAACCAAAGUGAAUAAUCUGAUUUUCGGAAGAACUUGGGUUGAUUCACCUGGAGAGAUGGUCCUCAGUAACUUGACCACUGGUGAUAAAGUUGUGCUGUAUUUUCAACCAUGUGGCUGGUUCGGAGCUGGUCGUUAUGAAGUUGAUGGCUAUGUGUAUAAUGCUGCUGAUGAACCAAAAGUUCUGAUGACUGGAAAAUGGAAUCAGUCAAUGAGCUAUCAACCUUGUGACUUGGAAGGGGAACCAUUACCAGGCACCCAAAUGAAGGAGGUAUGGAGGGUUGCCGAUGUGCCAAAAAAUGACAAACAUGAUUACACGUAUUUCGCCCACAAGAUCAACAGCUUUGACACUGCACCUAAGAAGUUACUGGCAUCAGAUUCUCGGCUGCGUCCUGAUAGAUUUGCACUUGAAAAGGGUGAUAUGUCGAAAUCUGGUUCAGAGAAGAGCAGUUUGGAGGAGAGGCAAAGAGCUGAAAAAAGAACUCGUGAGGCUAAAGGGGAGCAAUUUACCCCGAGAUGGUUUGAUUUUACCGGUGAAGUUAGCACCACUCCUUGGGGUGAUUUGGAAGUGUACAACUUCAACGGAAAAUACAAUGAAUAUAGUAGAAGCGUGAAGAACGAAGGAAGCAUUCAAGAGGUUGACAUCCAAUCAAUGGAAUUCAACCCUUGGCAAUAUGGAAAGAUGGCCAAAGAGUAGCUUAUUUUUUGUUGUGCGUCCCUGGUUUUCAUAAUUGUCCGUUGUUCACUUCUGUUCUUACUAGCCUUAUAAAGAAAGCAAUGGGUGUGAAAGCAUAUAGAAAAUUAAAUUAAUUGUAUAAAAGAAUUGUCUUUGCAUUUUGUUUUUUCAAAAACUGUUGUUCAGUUUAGAUGUUGUACAUUUUUUUAUCCAAAAGCAUGUUAUUUUCCUUUUUUUUUUCUUUUUUUAUUUUUUGGUAUUCUCCAUGUAUCUCUAUAUAUAAUAGAGAUUAUUUGUGAUCAAAUAUAUAUUAGAAUCUUAGAACUGAUGCUUGUAAAAAUGAUACAACUAGUGAAAUUGUAAGUAUAUUGAUUUCCUUGUAACA